CAUGUAUUUCUUUCUACAGUUUACUAACCGUACAGUAGGUGGCGGUAGACACGUUAUAUUUGUGUAAAUGUCAGUAUACCAGAGAAGAAGAUGACGCUGUUGAACUGUCGUAGUGGGGAACAGGAAGUUCCAGGUGGAAAACGACAGAACUGUGUUGUUAUGUUGAUAGUGGUUGUGUCCGUUUCAACUGUAUUAUUGUAGGCCGACUCCGAUUAAGUCUGAGGCCGGUAACAUCAACAGUGAGGACAAAGCCAGCCUGCCUCUCCUUCCACACUGAGUCCAAACCUACAGUCACUGGGUCCUGAUUGUGACAGUGGAGCCCAGUUUGCACUGCAGGAUCCAGAGAUGGCAUCAGUGAAGCUGGAGGACUGCAGUCAAACACUGGAGCUGAAUGUCAACAUUAAAGAUGAAGAAGAAGAGGAGGAGAAGAUUAGAACAACUGUUAGUCAUGGAUACCAUGUAGAGACAUUCUCUACAUCCAGAGAGCAAAAGCAGGAAGAUCAGAGAGCUAAGAGGUCUCAUCACUGCCCACAUUGUGAAGAGAUUUUCCCAUUUCUAUCAAAGCUAAAAAUACACCUAAAAAUACACACAGGAGAGAAGCCCUACUCCUGCUCCGGCUGUGGAAAAUGCUUCAAAACAUCAACUCAGCUAAAAGUUCAUCAGAGAACACACACAGGAGAGAAGCCUUUUUCCUGCCCUGACUGUGGAACUCGGUUCUCUAAACUAGACCACUUAAAAUCACAUGAACGUAUACAUACAGGGGAGAAGCCAUACUCCUGCUCUGACUGUGUAAAAUAUUUCAGAACAUCAACUCAACUAAAAGUUCAUCAGAGAACACACACAGGAGAGAAGCCUUACUCCUGCUCUGACUGUGAAAAAUGCUUCACAACGUCAACUGAUCUAAAAGUUCAUCAGAGAACACACACAGGAGAGAAGCCUUUUUCUUGCCCUGACUGUGGAACUAGGUUCUCUAAACUUUCCAUCUUAAAAUCACAUGAACGUAUACACACAGGAGAGAAGCCUUACUUCUGCUCUGACUGUGUAAAAUGCUUCAAAACAUCAACUCAGCUAAAAGUUCAUCAGAGAACACACACAGGAGAGAAGCCUUACUCCUGCUCUGACUGUGGAAACUGCUUCACAACGUCAACGGAUCUAAAAGUUCAUCAGAGAACACACACAGGAGAGAAGCCUUAUUCCUGCCCUGACUGUGGAACUAGGUUCUAUAAACUUGACCACUUAAAAUCACAUGAACGUAUACAUACAGGGGAGAAGGCAUACUCCUGCUCUGACUGUGGAAAAUGUUAUAAAACAGCAACUGAGCUAAAACUUCACCAGAGAACACACACAGGAGAGAAGCCUUACUUCUGCUCUGACUGUGGAACUAGUUUCUCUCAUCUUUCCAACUUAAAUAGACAUGAGCGUAUACACACAGGAGAGAAGCCUUACUUUUGCUCUGACUGUGUAAAAUGCUUCAAAACAUCAACUCAGCUAAAAGUUCAUCAGAGAACACACACAGGAGAGAAGCCUUUCUUCUGCCCUUACUGUGGAACUAGUUUCUCUCACCUUUCCUACUUAAAAUCACAUGAACGUAUACAUACAGGGGAGAAGGCAUACUCCUGCCCUGACUGUGGAAAAUGUUAUAAAACAGCAACUGAGCUAAAACUUCACCAGAGAACACACACAGGAGAGAAGCCUUACUUCUGCUCUGACUGUGGAACUAGUUUCUCUCAACUUUCCAACUUAAAAAGACAUGAACGUAUACACACAGGAGAGAAGCCUUACUUCUGCUCUGACUGUGUAAAAUGCUUCAAAACAUCAACUCAGCUAAAAGUUCAUAAGAGAACACACACAGGGGAGAAAAAAAGUUCAUCAGAGAACACAGGCAUGAGAGAAGCCUGCUUACGUCUGCUCUGACUUUUGGGUGAGUUUCUCUCACCAUAGCAACUUAACACACCAAUGUUUAGACACGGGAGAAGCCUUACUCCUGCUCUGUGGAGGGGUGAGUGUGUAAGUCAAACGUCUAGCCAAAGGCUGCGUGUUUGAAUCUCAUCAAGGAGGACUUUAGCAAUUUAGCUAAUUAGCAACUUUGCAACUUCUUACUAUUUUUUAGCUAUGUUAGCAUGUUAGCUUAGCAUGCAACUACUUAGCAUGUUAGCUAACCUUUCCCCUAAACCCAUUUAACUCUACCUUAAACCCCUCACCCCUAACCUAGCUAACGUUAGCAACAACAAAUUGGAAUUCGUAAGAAAUCAUACAUAUUACAAGUUUGUAACAUAUUGUAUGAAUAGCAAUGCGUAACAUAACAUAUGAAUUGUAAUUCUUAACAUCUGAUACGUCCUACAAGUCGUAUUAUACUGAACAACAAUCUAAACGCAACAAUUUCAAAGAUUAACCGUUUGUAUAAGGAUAUCAAUCAAUUGAAAUAAAUGAGGCCCUAAUCUAUGGAUUUCACAUGACUGGGCAGGGGCUCAGGCUUGGGUGGGAUUUGGGAGGGCAUAGGCCCACUUGGGAGCAAGGCCCAGCCAAUCAGCAUGAGUUUUUCCCCACAAAAGGUCUUUAUUACAGACAUAAAUACUACUCAGCACCCUCCCAGACAAUCCUGCAGGUGAAGAGGUCCUGGGCUGCCGUGGAUACAUGUAGUUGUGAGGCCGGUUGGAUGUACUGCCAAAUUCUCUAAAAGGACUUUAGACGUGUCUUAUGGUAGAGAUAUAAAUAUUGAGUUCUCUGGCAACAGCUCUGGUGGACAUUCCUGCAUUCAUCAUGACAAUUGCACAUUCCCUAAACUUGAGACAAAUGUGACAUUGUGUUGUGUGGCCUUUUAUUGUCCCCCAGCACAAGGUGCACCUGUGUAAUGAUAAUGCUGUUUUAUCAGCAUCUUGAUAUGCCACACCUAUCAGGUGGAUGGAUUAUCUUGACAAAGGCUGAAAUGCUCAUUAACAGGGAUAUAAACAAAGUUGUGCACAACAUUUGAGAGACAUUAGCUUUUUGUGCAUAUGGGACAUUGCUGGAUUUUAUUUUAGCUCAUGAAACCAACACUUUACAUGUUUAGUUUAUAUUUUAGUUUAUUUACUGUGAUAGUCCAAACAUACUAAAUGGAGUGGCACUGAUGUUUUUGUAUAAUAUAAAACGUUUUGCUCUGAGACCAGGUUGUCCCUCUGCAGUAUUCUGUGGGAAGGAGCUAGUAUACCCUUUUUAUUUGUUUUUAUUGAAACUUUGUUUAACUAGGCAAGUCAGUUAAGAACCAAUUCUUAUUUACAAUGGUGGCCUAGGAACAGUGGGUUCAGAUUUUUACCUUGUCAGCUCGGGGAUUCCUUUUGGUUAUUGGCCCAACACUCUAACCACUAGGCUACCUUCCACCCCUAACAUGUAUCAGAUAGAGAUGGUGUGAUGAUCACUUUUCACCAUUAGUUUAGGGGGAAUUGUUUUACAACUUUAUUUAAUGAUACACAGUUUAUGAAAUGAAUACAUGUGUUUAUUAAUUGUCUUUAAAACUAGAUUAGUUAUUUUAGUUACUGAUCAUGAAUGUGUUUGGAUAACUGCAUUGAAGCAAACGUUGAUCUGCCAAUGAAAAAUAAAGUUACAUGAAUAUGUACUGGUCAACCUCU